GGUAAAUAUGAAGUGCUGACUGCACACAGCUGCUGUGCUCGGUGCAAGGCAUCUGACAUUUCCGGGAGCUGCGAGUCCGUCUCUAUUGGCUGCAAUCGGUGGAUUCCCAGCAUAUCCCUCCUCUCGCGAAAAAGGCCAGACUUUAAAUGAUGUUUUAAAGUCUGUCUGUGUUCCUCUCUCGAGCGCCCAUCUCUUUCCGUUUCGUCCCUCCGCCAAGAACCUGCUAGAUUUCACCUCCUAUACAGCAAAAAGGCACAAAGGUGAAGUGAAAGGCAGGUGCUGUGUGUCUCUCUCUCUCUCUCUCUCUCUCUCUCUCUCUCUCACUCCUCAUCUCUGUCUCAGUGAGGGCUACACAUGGCUUCCUCACUCCUGACCCGCCAGCUGGCCGUCUCCCUGCGUCUCGCCUCUCCAGGUUCCAGAUAUGUCAGCAAAACUGCCACAAAGACAGUUUCAGAGUUUGAAUAUGAUGCCCCGUCCAUGAAAACUGCUGUGCCAGGUCCAAAGUCCCAGGAGCUGCUGAGACGACUCGGAGAGAUUCAGAAUGUUGGAGCGGUUCAUUUCUUCUGCAACUAUGAGGAGAGCAGGGGAAACUACCUGGUGGACGUGGACGGCAACCGAAUGCUGGACGUGUACACACAAAUCUCCUCCAUCCCCAUCGGUUACAAUCAUCCAGCAUUAAUGAAAGUGAUGACUAAUCCAAAUAAUGUGAGUGCAUUUGUCAACCGUCCGGCGCUUGGUAUUCUGCCACCUGAGAACUUUCCAGACAAACUGAUCGAGAGCCUGCUGUCGAUUGCCCCCAGCGGGAUGACGCGAGUACAAACCAUGGCCUGUGGUUCCUGCUCCAAUGAGAAUGCUUUUAAGACCAUGUUUAUCUGGUACAGAAAUAAGGAGAGAGGAUACGCUAACCCCUCUGAGCAGGAAGUCGACACUUGCAUGAUCAACCAGAGUCCUGGAUGCCCAGAUUUGAGCAUCUUGUCUUUCAUGGGAGCUUUCCAUGGGAGAACUCUGGGUUGCCUGGCCACAACACAUUCCAAAGCUAUUCACAAACUGGAUAUACCGUCCUUCGACUGGCCCAUCGCACCCUUCCCUAAACUGCAGUACCCUCUGGAGGAGUUUGUGAGGGAGAACGCCCAGGAAGAGGCCCGCUGCCUGGAGGAGGUUGAGGAUCUCAUCAUGAAGUGGGGGCAGAAGGGCAAACCAGUGGCAGGCAUUGUGAUCGAGCCCAUCCAGGCAGAGGGAGGGGACAACCACGCUUCACCUGACUUCUUCAUCAAACUGAGAAAUAUUGCACGCAAGCAUGGCUGUGCUUUCCACGUGGAUGAGGUGCAGACAGGUGGAGGAACAACAGGCAAGUUCUGGGCCCAUGAGCAUUGGGGGCUGGACGACCCUGCUGAUGUUGUCUCCUUCAGUAAGAAGAUGCUGACAGGAGGAUACUACCACAGGGAUGAACUGAAACCAGACAAACCCUACAGAAUCUUCAACACAUGGAUGGGAGACCCUUCAAAGAAUCUGUUCUUAUCAGAGGUGCUUAAUGUGAUCCGGAGAGAGAACCUUCUGGAGGAGGUGAUGCGCUCAGGGAAGGCUCUUCUGCAGGGUCUUUACGCACUGCAGACCCAGUACCCUCACAUCCUGAGCAGAGCCCGCGGCCAGGGUACAUUCUGUGCCAUAGAUGUCUGCAAUGACGGCACACGUGACAGUAUCAUGAUUAAAGCCAGGAACAAGGGUCUGUUCAUGGGUUCCUGUGGAGUAAAGACCAUCCGUUUCCGUCCCUCUUUGGUCUUCAAGGAGUAUCAUGUCCAUCAGCUCCUGAACAUCCUGAACGACGUCCUGGUUGAGCAUAAAUAGAGUUCUGGCUGCCAGGUCGGCCUUGAUUACGGAGAGCAUACAGGGGUCCAAGCCCACUCAAAGGUUUAUACCAGCCCGUCACAAUUAAUUGGUCACUGUCUCUCUCUCUCUCUUUCCAUUCACUCUCUUCCUGUCAUUACUAAUUAGGAAGGAUAGAAAUCUGUUUUCGAUCUCUCUUUAUUUAGCCGACAGAUUUCAGCCCCACCUCCAAAUUUCUCGUCUAUUACCGACGGUAGACAGAUUGAAGAGUUUGCAGGAAAUAACCCACUCAAAUAAUAUAUUUAAAUAAAUUUCCUCCUGAUGACAUUGCAACUGUAAGCUCCUACAAGCUGCAAGUCAGUUGAAUAAAGCAAUAUAGUGACACACAGAGACAGGAUUUCAAAUCGCAAUAUUUCAAAUAUCCCUUUGUGUAUCAAAGUCCUUAGCACUUGGAAGGUAGCAAGAAAAGAUGAAUGAUAUAAUUAUGUACGCUACCAAAACGGCAGAAAAGAAGCUAUUGUCUGAUUGAUUAUAUCAUUUAUGGAGAUAAAAAUCUAACUAUUUUAGUACCUAUAGAGAAAUGGCUGUAUUUGAAAUGUCUAAAUUUUGCAUGACGGAAGAUUUAAUAUAUAGUGCCUGCUUUUAAAAGUCCUCUUUGAGUUAAAAGCCUGUGUGAAAGACAAAUCGUGGAAGCAGCGUUGGCCUCAAUGCAUUCUGAGGCACUAGAGAGAGUCAGUGGAAAGAAAGCUGGAAAAAGUGAAAGUGCAGAGAACUGUAGAGCCUCUGUUCCCAUUUUAAUAAGACGUCUGUUGAGAUGAAAACCAUCAAGCGAUCAGCGAGUUCCUUUAUUGAGGUGCCUGCUUUACUGUCAUUGCUCGGUCAUAAAGAAAGAGACACAAGGUCUCUCAUUUGAAUCCCGGUGAGAUAUAUGAGCACAAACAUUUAAAGCACAACCUGUGGUGGUAAUGUGAGGGCUGAUAUUCUACAGAAUUGAUAUGGUGAAAGAAAGGCCACACAUCCACCUAUCAAUAGUAAUCUAUCAGGAAGCAUGUUUGAAAAGCACACGCUUGAGGCUGCUCCUCUGUUCAGGUGAACAUGAUCCCCUGGUGUUUCUCAUUACAGGCCGUGUGAGUAAAGUGUAUUGUUCAGCUGGAUAACAACUACAAGUUCAUCUUCACUUAAUGGUUAUCACAGCCUGUUAACGUUUAUGAUCUUUGGGGUGAUUCUCCUCUGAGCCGACAGAGUAAACGUCCCUUCAGCUUGAUU